UUUCUACAGUGUUGAAAGAGAAAAAUGAGAGAAGGAAUGAAGGAAAAAGACUGCUGACAUUGACAGUGAGCCACUACUACACCUUUCAGAAUAUAGUAAUAAUAACAACAGUAAUACACUCCCGUAUAUUCGACCGUAUUCCUUCCAUCUCACUCUCUCACCCGCCUAGUCAUCCUUUCUCUCUCAUUCAAUCACUAUUUAUCUGUUUCUCCUUCUCCUUCUCUCUAUUUUAUUUCUUUCACAUUGUUCUCGCUCUCUCCUCUUUCUUUCCCACUAUCGCUGAUUUCAAACAUCGCUGUAUUAUCGCCAACAACAAACCAUUAUUAUCAGUUAUACUGAUAAACUUGUGAUUAGUAAUUCCCAUGUAACUGCUUAAACAAACCCUCAUUUCCCCUUCUUUCGUGACAUACAAGGUGUAUAUAUUUCUAUAUAUAUACACAAAUACAUUUAUAUAUGUAUAUACCUAUUUAUACAUCAUCACUUAUCCAUGUGCAUUCGUUAAAAGGGUGCCUCGGGCCACCCUUUUAACUGAAUUCUUAAGCUCAUUCAAAUGACAAAGCGCUUCGUUCGAAAGGAUUUAUUUAAGCAGGCAUAUUUUAAAACCAACCUGGGAAGCCGGAAAUCUGGAAACCCCUCAUUUUAAGGUGUGUUUCCUUAUCUUCGACCACAGCGAUUUGUUAUGGAAAAUAGAGUGAAUUACGAAUAUCUUCUUGGGCAAUACAGUACAAAAUUUGACACUGAAAUCUGGCAUGGCCGUACACACACUGAGGUUCCUUUGGUGCGACUGGCAGAGUUUUCCGAGGAAUUAUUUGCAAGUUAUUCUGGACCCGACUUAGGACUAGCAUGUGAGGAAGUUAAAAAUUGCAAUGAUAACUUCCACAAAGUCGCAGGGGCACAGUCAUGGAACAAAAAAGACCAAAGAGCUUAUGGGUUGUGCAUCUCGUUAUACGACCAACAUCCGAUUUAUGGGAAGAUGUCUGGUGACCCAAUUGCCGAUGCUUUUGCAAUUUGUUGCCGAAAAAAUAAUGCCAUAAUGCUCAUCGCCGACGGUGUAAAUUGGGGUGAGAAGUCUCGACUGGCUGCCCGCUGUGCCCUAUAUGGCAGCAUGGAGUAUAUUAAUCGUAAGCUGUUUCAAGAGAAAACCCAGCCAGCUAGUACACAGGAAGCAUUGGAAAUAUUACGUACAUCUAUGGAUGCUGCUCACAGAACCAUCUUAAAGAAAGAAGGGGGCUUAACGACAUUAUGUGUUUGCCUCAUUUGUCCAGUCUACAAUUCUGCUGAUUUUGCUGUAUGUUGUGUUAAUGUUGGAGACAGUUUUGCCUACGUUUUCAGCAAAAACAAUGGAAUUAGAGAAAUAACAGUUGGUUCUCAUGAUGUAGCGUCUGAACGUGAUAUCCGUGAUGCUGGGGGAGCAAUUGGUCCUGUCGAUGGAGAAAACCCUGAAUUACAAAAUCUCACCUGCUCUUUGACUUUUGUGAAUAAAGGUGAUGUGGUUUUCCUCACAACUGAUGGGAUAUCAGACAACUUUGAUCCUGUUGUCACCAAAGUUGCAAUUCCACGGAAGAAUACCGAUAACAACUCUAAUGAUGCUUUGCCAACGACCCCUGACACUUUUGAAGACAAACCUAUGAUGGAACCACAAGAACGACAUAUCUAUGCACUAAAAGAAAUGGAACGGAUAAUUCAUGAACAUGAACUAUUAACUGAAGAGACAUGUUCUGCUCAGGAACUCUGUGGGGCCCUUGUGCAGCAUGUAUUAACUUUGACUGAUUCCAAAAGAAAAAUUCUUGAAAAUCCAGAGUUAUAUAGAAAGAAAAAAAUGACUUCAAAGGAGCGUAAGCGUAGAGACUCACAAAUUGUUGAACAGAUGUCUAAAGCUCCUGGCAAACUUGAUCAUGCUUCAAUUGUUGCCUAUGAAGUGGGCAUUUGUGGUGAAGAUGAGGAGGAAGAGGAAAUUGAGCUCAUUAAGGAGAGCAAUUCCGUUAAGGUUAAAGAGGUCCGCGAAAUCACCUUUCUGCCUUUUAAUUCUUCUAAAAAAGUCAAAUCAACAGUGAAAAGCCUUUUACGUAGUAAGAAGAAAAAUUACCAUUAGGACUGUCAAAUGUCUGUGGGUACCGUCUGGUGUAACCCUAUUGACCUGGGAACAGUCCAGUGGAGAUUCUUGCUACCUGUCUGAUGAGUGUCCACCAAUAGCACAAGAUCCAGUUUCUUUUAGCAAGAAUCUCCACUCACAUUGCACAGUCAUUCUUCUGCCCACUGAGCUGUAGACUACUUUCGUUUUAAAUUCAUCAACAGAGCUUCUAUGACAACUUUGAAUUCUUCAUAAUGAAAUUGGUAAUAAUAAUAAUAAUGGUAAAUAUGAAUGAGAAUAGGUUGCCUUUAAAAAGUUUUGUUCUUUUAUUUAAAUUAUAUCACAAAAAAAAAAAAAGUCCAGAAUAACGAAACAGUUGUAAUAACACCACCAAAUAGUUGUAAUUAAAAUAAUGAUAAUUAUUAUUAU